UAUACAUAAACCCUUAAGUAUAAUUUAAAUUCCAGGUAACUUAGGUGUUAAUUUAAUUCAUUGUUUACUUCUGACUCAAGAUAAGAAAAGCUUUUUAUUUAUGAUUGACAAGUUGACUUGUGUUGACACUUUUCAUUCAGUUCUUCAUCAAAUAGCACAGCGCAACAAAGGCAAUCUGAAAAAAUGGGGGACAGAAAAGGACGUGUAUUGUUUAUCGGCCGUGUGGAUAUAAUAUUAUCCUGUAUUUUCAUAAUCCUCUCGGCUGUGGGCUUGCGGUUGGCAGGCGUGAUCGGAUCUCAAAUAGCACAGUUUCUGAAUUGCUCAAGUAGGAGUGCAGAGUCUGAUUUUCGAUUUUUGAUAACUCUUUUUUUUAUCACAAAGGCAAUAAAUUUGGCAGCUUCGAUUUUGUUGGUUCUUGGCACUGUUAAGGAAAAAAUUAAAUAUAUAGCGCCCUGGGUUGGCUUCAAUAUUUCAUUCCUUAUCAUGGCCAGUAUGAUAGCUCUUUUGCAGUGGUCAAAAGUUCUUGAUUCCACCGUUCCCUUAUUUAGGGCUUUCGGGAUAAUUCUGAUUUCAAUAGUAUUGCUGGUCAUCAGGGGUUAUUUAUGUUACGAAGUUUAUUCCCUGGUGAGAGAAAUGCGACAGUCGAUGGAAGUCCUUCACACACUUAUAGCGACGGCACCAGAGGUCCGGGAGGUUCGCGUAAACGCAGUUUUUGUACAUGUGGAGGAACAAUCAGAAACAGAAAGAAAAUAAUAACAUAUAUAUGUAUGUUUUUUUGAAUAGCUACUAUAUUAUACCAAUUGGCAUACAGUUUCCAUUCUUCAACGACUUUUUUUAAAAAUGAACCAAAAAUUUUCAAAUUUU